AUGUCUACAAACACAUCUGGGAUCAACACCAACCCCCGCCCCCCAAUUGUGGACACCAUCCAACUCCGCAACAUCCAACUCUCCUUACCGGCAGCGCCAGACCCAUGGCAUCGUUCUGCAUAUCCGCAAAGCUGUACAGCCACCCUCAAGCUAUCCUACGCCUCGUCUGAAGCAUCAGCAGAAACGGACGAUGUCGGUCUGACCAUCGACUAUGGAAAGCUGUAUCGCUCGUUUGCCAAAGACCUCGGUCGUCUGGGCAAAGAAACGGACGCCGGUGCUUUGAUAUCAAAUGGAGAAAGAGUCGUCAACCUUGAUGGGGUUCGACUCGAAGAUGUUCUACGUGGAGCCAUGGGCGAAGAUGUCCGAUUGACUGCGGGAAUCAUCGCCAAUUGCUGUCUGCAACAGCUGGAUGAAACUGCCGUGAGUUAUCUUCCUUCUCCCCGGUUUCUCGAUAUUUCAUCUCAUCGUAUUACAAGCAAUGCCUCUCCACCUGCCGUCGAGAAAGAUUUUGGCCGAUUCCAAAUCCGACUUGCUUUCCCCAAGGCCAUCCUCCGUGCCGACGGGGGUCUUCAGUACCGCUGUGUCACGGAACUGGGCCAUCUUGAAAGCGAGGCCAAGGAGCAGAGCCAGCGCCGGCUGGUGGUCUUGGUAGAGGAAUUCAGAAUUGUUCAAAUCCGAAGCUACUGCAUCCUCGGCAUCAAUCCUCACGAGAGACUCGAAAAACAGGCCGUCUUCACUACUUUGCGAUUCCAAGGACCUGGCCUGCAGGAGUGGAGUACCAAGUUUAUAGACAACUACCAAGAGAUGACUCGGGUGGUAGCAGAGCGCGUUGAAGCCACCUCCUUUGGCAGUGUGGAGGCACUUGCUACUCUGAUUGCUCGGAUUGUGACGAUGGAGUUUGGCCAUGAGGAAGUGACCGUUUUGGUACAGAAGCCGAGUGCGCUGGGAUUCGUCGAGGGGGCCGGUUUGGAGUGUACUCGCUCGCGGGCAUAUUUUGAGAAACGAUCGUAA